GUACUUGUUAUUAAUCUUCAAGUGCAUUGCAUCAUCUCACAUUAAUUUCUCUCCAUCCCUCCCUCUGAAGAAGAAGAAAGAGCUUGGGAUCCCAACCACCGCCACUGGCCACCGCCAUCGCCCAACUUUUUCUUCUUCUUCUUCUUCCAAUUAUAUUUUAGUAUUCUCCCAACACAAUUCAGGCUCAAUAUGGCAUGGCAAACUCUGUUGAGUUUAAUAUUCUCUCUAUUGGCUUCCCACUCGUUCACAUCAGCAGUGUUAGCGACGACGUUUACAUUAGUAAACAAAUGCGAAUAUACUGUUUGGCCGGGAAUUCUGUCGAAUCCAGGCGUCGCUCCGAUUUCCACCACCGGAUUCGCCCUCCAGAAGGGCGAAACCAAGACCAUUAACGCACCUGCUUCGUGGGCUGGUCGCUUCUGGGGUCGAACCCUCUGCUCCCAAGACUCCAACGGGAAAUUCUCUUGCGUGACUGGAGAUUGCGGCUCGGGAAAGCUAGAAUGCUCAGGGAGUGGUGCCGUUCCGCCUGCGACUCUGGCAGAAUUCACUCUCGACGGUGCCGGCGGGAUGGAUUUUUUCGACGUGAGUUUGGUGGACGGGUACAACCUCCCGAUGCUGAUAGCUCCUCAGGGUGGCACGGGGACCAACUGUACAAGCACUGGCUGCGUGACAGACGUCAAUGGCCAGUGUCCGUCUGAACUGAAAGUAACGAGCCAAGACGGAGCGGAGGGCGUUGCCUGCAAGAGCGCCUGCGAGGCAUUCCAGCAGCCGCAGUACUGUUGCAAAGGCGCGUAUGGCUCACCGCAGACUUGCAAGCCAUCGUCCUACUCCCAGAUCUUCAAGAAAGCAUGCCCACAAGCCUACAGCUACGCCUACGACGACAAGAGCAGCACCUUCACAUGCGCACAUGCCGAUUACCUUAUCGCUUUCUGCCCUUCUCCCAACACCGGCCAGAAAUCGUCACAGGGACAGUCGCCGGACCAAAUUACUCAGACAACAACAGCACCACCGGUGAUUGGCGGCACCGGCACAAUGACAUACGAAGGUCUUUCUCCUUUUGACGAAAGUGGCGCAUCACAGUCUACGUCUGCCCACAUGUUGAGAUCACAUGCGAUUGCGGGUGCACUCAGCAUCACCGUGGCGAUUUGGCAGUUGGUGCAGCUGUUGUAACUCAACUUUUUGCGCCAGAGCAGGCCAAUCUAACAAUUUAGCCCAAAUGACGAAAAACGUGGACCCUCUCGUUAGUUCUCAUCUAUGGGCCUCACGACAAAGACGUGAGGCCCAUGAGUUUGGCCGUGGGGACGUGGCCAACCGCCCCCUGAUGGCUACCGCUUUCCCACAAUUAAAAAUCGACAAAAACCCUUCUUAAGCCCCUAGACUUAUCCCAAAUUAGCAUUUAAUCCAUUAAACUAAAAAUGAUGCAAUUAAGCCCUUCAACUCCUCAACUAGUGCCAAUGAAACCCUAUCACUAACCGCCCAAAUGGUUGUGAUCUGACAUGUACUGAAUUUGUUUGUUCUUCCUCUUCCACUAUUCUACAUAGAUGUAAUACUAAUAUAGCAGCACUAUUUUAUGUAGAUAUAUAUGGAUUUUUUUUAUUGUGUUUAUUUUGAUAAUUUUCUAUCAUGUAUUUUAAUAAAAUUUAGAGUUUAAU